UUGACCUGCCAUUUUCACUUCCAACGGUUAUCAGAGCUAAGGAGAUAAUAUUUCCAGCAGAUGGCAGUAAAGCAACAUUUAUUACACCAGCUGCUGGUUUAAAUCCCAAUGAAGAAGAUCUGCGUUUCACAGGAAGCAUGGCGGGUGUUGUGUAUCGGUUCAAUUCCCCGACCUGCGGAAUCGGGAGGUAGCAGCGGUGACAUCGCGGGGUCUAUCCGGGAAACAGCAUCAGAGUAGCGGUUGGGAAGAGGGGCAUCACUUUGUACGAGGAUCCCACAAUGGAUGACAUCCUUCCUCGGAGGGAGUAUGAAGCAGCCCGCCCGAGGAGGCUGUCUGCUGUCGCUGAGAUUGGAGCUAACGUUAGCCUGCAAGAUGGCGAGGUAAACGAAGUGUAUCCAGCCCGAGAAACGCUCGCUGGUCUGGGCAGACUGAGUGUCCCUUUUGGGAGGAUGGAGAGGAGAAACUCGGCAACAUCAGGGGGCCACCAGAGACAUAUGCCAAUGGAGCCCCUCAAGUUCCCCAUACCGAGGAAAACCAAGGAAAAGAGAGCUCUAUUCCAGGAUGUCUCCACUGAGUCCAGGGAGUAUGAAGAUAUGAUGACCAUCCUGACCUCCAGCUACCUUGACUCUGGGUCCACAGGCACCUUCACCUACUGCAAGCCUCGCCUGGUUCACAGUGAGCUGCUGGAGAAAGAGUUUGUGGAGAAGAGGAGGGAAAUGAAGUCUGAAGGGAGGACAGACAAGGAGCUGGAGGAGAGCUACUGUUUCCUGUUGGCUGAUACGGUUAAGCUGCCUGGGAUCUGUGAGAAUGGGCUGUUUGUGGGUCAGAGCUGGAUCACAUUGCUGGGAAACCCCAGUAAAGGAGUGUACCUGUCCAGGUACUCAGACCUGCUCCAGGUUAACUCCAUAAGUCCUGGAGCCACGGGGGAGAUCGUCAUCUUCAAAGUGAUGAAGGGCAAAGUAAAGAGCAUCUAUGAAAACAUGAAGAACCUUCUAGAUCCAACGCCUCGAUUUGACAGCCACAUCUCCAAAAACGCCAGCAAAGUCACUUCACUCAACUCGUACCGCGCUCUCGAACUCACACAGCAAUACUUCUACGAGUACUCAUUCGACGAGCUGCGUCAGCGGCCUCGCCAGGUCUGUCCAUACGCUGUUGUCUCCUUCCAGUUUAAAGGAAAAGACUCCCCUCUUCCCAGCACUCCUCUGGCUCCCUUCAGGUUGAACAGCCAAUCAGCAGAGGGGAGUAGAGAGCGAGCUCAGUUUACUGUGUGGACUGGAGAUUUGGUGAAAGGCGACAGAGUUCUCUUCCAGAUCUCCCUUCGUUCCUUUUUUCCUCCCUUCCUGCCCCACAGACUACCAGAGAAGUUGGACAUCGGUUGGUUGAUGAGGGUUGACCAGUUGACCGAGCUGCUCCCGUCCGAACUGUUCUCCUUUAACCUCUACAACAACAGCCAAGAAGUUGUGAAGAACGGUCAUUGCUGCAGUCUGCUGGAGGUGACUGACAGGAGUCGGUCCACAAACAGUGUGACAAGACUGCUGCACGAACUGGAGAGCAAGAGAGUGGUUCUGGUGACUCCGCUCACAGAGAGAGGCUUUCUCUUUCUGCUAUCCAGCGUUCAGAUGGCCACACCCGCUGAGAGAGGUGAGAACUGGAAGAGAUGUCUUCAGGCCUUGUUUGUCUUCCCAGAGUCCAGAGAUGUGACCAGAUCCACAGCAUCAAGGCCCGUGUCCUCUUUCCAUGACACUUCAGAGUCGUCAGCGUCUGGUGGCAAGGAGAUGUCGUGGCUGAGCAAGUUCAUCCCAGCACUGCACCACGCCCUCGUCAAGGCCCGUGCCAACGCCCCUCCUGAGCUGUCUGCCAGCGUGGAACGUCAGGCACGAGAAUACUUCAUCGGCCUGAACGACAGCAAGCUUCGACAGUACCCAAUGGGAAAGUAUGAACCCAAACUGGAUGAGCGAGGAAAGCUGUUUCCUGCCCCAAAACACCACAGAGUGAACAUGGAAGGGUAUCUGCGCUCCUACCUGUACAGCCCCGCCCUCUACCUGCUGUCAGUGGCCCGGGCCAGGCUGAUGGUGGAGACGCACUGCGGGCCUGAUGAUCCUCAGGGGGCGAGACUCAGCGAGAGCUGUGGGCGCCAGACAGAGGCAGCAGGGAAUGAGGUGACCAGCAACGCCAGUGGUGGACAGAGCAACACACAGAAGAUACAGCAGCUGAUAGACCUUGUUCUGACCUGUGAGAGUAAUGCAGAGAAUGAGGUGAACAGGGAAGAAGAGAUUGGUGGAGGAGUGGUCAUGGCACCGGGGAGAAAGAGGCGACUGGAACAGGAGAAGGCAGAGAGGGCGCUUAAGUUCCUAAAGGCAUCACAGGAGCCUGGCAAACACACCAAGAUUCCAGUAAACCAGGAAAGCCAAGUGGCCGCCCCUCCUGGCUCUCUUGCAUCUGUGAUUGGCUCAGUUGGUUUGAAGGACGUUGAUGUGAGCGAAGAUGGAUCUGAACUUGCUGCCAGACUUUUCAGCCUGCUGACAGGCCUGAGCCAGGCUGCCAGAGGAACAACCAAUCAGAGCCUUUGUGAAACGCAAGAGGCGAGGCAGAGGGAAUCGUGUCCAUUUGAUAGGUUGGCCACCAAGCUGGGUCUGCCCACCAACUGUGACAUUGACCUGCGGAAGCAGGAGGAGCUGGAGGAGCAGAUGGCGGGCAGCGUCAGCAGUUUGGAGGGAUUCAGUCCCAGCUCCCACAGCGGGGAUGUGAAUCACCACGGGGGAACAGGUAGAGGGGGGGGAGGAGGAGGAUGGCUGGGGCUAAGAGAAGGAGGAUAUGAAGAAGAGGAAGAGGAGGGGCAGAUCCCAUGGGUCCUCAUCCCCAUUACAGGUCUGUGUUCAGAGCGGUACACACACAGAGAUGGAAACAUCCAUCAGGACCCUCGCUUCCAGCACCUCACCACGGCACCAAGCAUCACCACAGCAACCAAACCUUCCAGAAAGAGCCCCACCCCGUCUCCUGAGCCCAGCCUUCCUCCCUCCCCCUCCCAGUGCCCAUCACCCGACCCCAGCCCUCUUCCUUCUCCCUUCCAAUGCCCGUCUCCAGAGCCCAGCUCCCCCCCUUCUCCGUCUCAGUGCCCAUCCCCGGAGCCCAGUCCUCCUCCUCCUCCUUCCCGUUGCCCAUCUCCACAGCCCAGCCCUACCCCUUCUCCUUCCCAAUGCUCAUCCCUUCAGCUUAGCCAUCCUUCCUCGACCUCCCGGUGGCAGUCCCUAGAGCCUAAUGAGCACAGCUCAUUUAACAAGGACUACAGUCGUGCUAACGAGGAGCAGUUAGCUCCUACAGGCUCCAGGAAGUUUUCAGGAGUGUCCAAGGACAGAGAAGAGAAGCCUCAGGUGACAGAAAAGAAGAAUGAAGAGCUUUGUAAAUCUGUAAAGGUGUCCUCCCCAAAGAGUAGGACAAACCCCUCACCACCACCCACUGAGCGAGAGGAGGAAGAUACCGAGGGGAAAACUGGGGAGGUGAAGAUGGGAGAGGAAACCAAACCACUUGAGAAAGGGCAAACGCAAAGCAGAGAAGAGGUUGGCCAGGGUAAGCAAGAGGAGGAGGAGGUGGUGGUGGAAAUGCCAAAAGCCAAGCAGCUAGUAGGUGGCUCUUUGUUAUCCCCAUCUGUCUCCUCACCUCCUCUCAGACAAAUUGACAGCAUCGUGGACAAACAUCUGGGAGACUUCUCCUCUGAGAUACAGCUUGUCCUCCAGGAGGAGAGUAUUCAUUAUAGCUUCCCACAGUCCCCACAGUCUACUUCAGACUCAGACGCCACAGCACUUCAACACACACUCCCACACAUGCCCAUAUCUCAGUUUUCACAAUAUGUGUCUUUUUACAACCCACGACCCCCUGUCCAGGACUACGUUAACUCGCUACACGACAGCAUUAACAGCAUGCUAACAGAGCUUGAUGACAGCUGGCCCUGCCAUAGGUCUGCCACCAGCCUGACUGAUACUGACGCCACACUGGCAAGCGAAGUUAGUGCUUUUGUGUCCAGCAUUCGAGCAGCUAAUCCCAGUACAAGUACAGAUGAUGAUGGUCUCUGUGGUGACGUAACAGCUGCUGGCAUCAGCAUUUCAAUCAGUCAAAGUCCUGCACUCUCCAGAGGAAGGGAAGUAUGGCAGCCGCAUACAAUCAAACAGUUUCCUGAUGCCGCAAAUGACAAGAAUCCUCCGACUUCCAGUGUCACUUUAUCUGGUACUACCUCUAGAUCAGUUUCUGCAUACAAGCCUGGCAGCACUGCCGUCCACCGUCCUUCAACUAACACGUCCCCACAGUCCCAUUGGAUACCACAGCAAAGUCACACUUCAGAGAUCAAUAGAACAGGUGUUUAUAACAGCAGACAAAUGCAGGAUAACAGUAUCACCAGGACUGCACAUUGUACCACUGGUGUAGAAGGGGCUGGGAGUCUUGCAGGUGCAGGCUGCGAGGUGAUUUUGCCAGGCUUCAGUGGUCAAUCCAAGCCCCUGACGGAAUCAUCACGUACAUCUGAGCCAGUCUUGAGUCCUGCCCCGGUGCUCGUCCCUGGCUCGGGCCCUUCUCCCCCAGCCGCAGACCUGAGUUCUGUGAUCAGCCAGCUGCAGCCAGAGGUGUUGAACAACCUGGUGGAGAUCGUCAAAGACCUCAAGAAAAACUCCCUGCAGUUCUACCUCCACAGCACUGAGCCAGAGGACCAGGUCUCUGAAGACGUCAAGGAAUACCUGUUGAAGCAAGGUAAUGUGGAGCAGAGUCCCAUGGCUUUUCUGGACCAAGAAAACUCUGACAACAGACUGCUCGUCAUCAUUAAAAACAAAGACAUCGCUGGACACGUACACAAGAUCCCCGGCCUGGUGUCUCUGAAGCGACACCCCAAUGUCGUGUUUGUGGGAAUCGACACUCUGGACGACAUCAGGAACAACAGCUACAACGAGCUUUUUGUUUCUGGAGGCUGCAUCGUGUCGGACGAGUUAGUGCUCAAUCCCGACUACAUCACUCAUGACCGACUGACUGCACUGCUCAUGCUGCUGGAACAGCACAGUUCACCAGAGAGAGUGUGGAGGUGGAAGGUUCACUACAAAACCCACAAGAAACUAAAAGAGCAGUCCAGGUUCAGGAGAGAAGCAGCCAACCUACUGGACUUGCUGUCAGCCUAUCAGAAGAGGCAAAUCGUUGAGUUCCUCCCAUACCAUCACUGCGACAUGAUGAGCCAUCACUCACCCGAUCUGGACUGUCUUAUGGAGCUCCAAGCCAGAUACACUCAGUACCGACACACAGUCCUCCUGACUGAGCGUCAUUCUCUGGCCUACCCCAGUGGUGGCAUCGUCGUGGCCAGUACUGAAGAAAUUCUGCACGACUUCACCAGACUGUUUGGUUGCCAUGACAUUAAGGUCAACCAGCCAAUCACUGAUGACAUGCUGGCUUCCAAAGCCUCUUCGCCAGUUCUUCUUCCAGGACUUCACAUCAUCUCAUGCCAACAACACAUCCAUCCUCUGUCAUCCCAUGAACAACCCCAACAUCUCCUCCAGCAGUCUGGUUCCAGCCUCCCCCCUCUCUCCCAUCUCUCUGACCAGCUCGUCCCAGACUCCUCCUGCAAGGAUGGUGUGUCGCACCAUUCGGGCAAAGACUUUGAGGAUCUUCGACUGGCCAUCUCACAGUUACGGGCUGAACGUCAAGCGCAGCUUCUUCUGCAGCAGCACCAGCAGCAGUUAGACCCCCGAGCCGAACUGGGUGUCAGCCACCUCAAAAGCUUCCUUCCCAAUCAUGUUCAUAUGGGCAGCCAUCACACCACCUCUCUUUUAGGCCAAGGAGGUCCCACUGAGCAGAUCCAGCUCGCUCCAGGCAAGAAAGCAGCGACAGCCACGCUGGAGUCUAUUCACUCAGGACUGCAGCGAGAACUGGGCGAGGAGGAGAUGAGGGAGGUUGGAGCAGAGGGAUGGAGGAGUGCAGGCAAUCGAAUAGGAGGAGCAGAGUCUGGAGAUCAGAGAGAUGGUACUCCAGUGAGACUGAUGGGGUCACUGGGAGGAAACCCGGGUACCAGUAACAGCGACACACCUGCUCCUUCGUCCAGUCAAAACACAGCUGCCGUCUCAGGACUGAGUAACCAGAAAGACUCGAGCAGUGACAGAAGAGAAAAGGCAGAUCAGCAAGGAGAAGCUGCAUUUUCCAAAGUAUCUAAACAGGGUGCAGCCUCCUCCAGUGCCACAGCUUGUCCUGUAGAGGGCGACAGAUCAAGAGACAAACAGGUGAGCCAGGAGCAGCCAGUAAGACGAGAGGGAGCGCCACCUGGCAACAGCGCUUUGGGAGCUGCCAGUAGCACCAAGGGAACAGGAAGUACCACCACUGUAAGAGACCACAGGGAGAACCCAAAUCCUGCUGUGCCCACUCUACAGCACAUCCAAGAACGUCUGAAUGAGCAACAGCAGCUCCAGCAGAAUCUCUCACACCUACAACAACCACCUCACAGGCAGCGGCAGCGGGGCGUCGGCCUCCUGCAGCCCCCUCGCCUGCCUCAGCUCCACAACCAGCAUUUCUCCAGUGUCCCCUUACUGGCGCCCCUCGGUAACCUGGGAAGCGGCCUCCUCGGGCCCUCACCUGUCUGGCCAGGUGCCUCCGCCCUGGUCUGGGGCCUCCAACAGGAUGGCAGGGACUUCACUGGUUCCAGACUGCUGGCAGGGUACCACAACUCUGCAGGUCAGGGCGGCAUAAGGUACAGAGGAGGCCAAAGAGGAGGCUUCAGUGGUAUGUAGAGAGCCAUUUUAAUCACACCAGCUGACCUAACUACACACCUGCUGCGAGUUUAAGCCGGGGGGAUAAAACCAAAAUUUACCCACCCUGCUAUCAGAAUGUGCAGGAUCUCGGUCAUCCCGAAACCCGCACAUCCCAAAUACUAACAGGUGCUAAACUAAAGAAAGAGGGAAGAAUGCUGCUGCUCUCAGGGAGACUUCUUAUCCUGAUCCAGAGCUGUCUAAAGGAACUGGGACGUUUCACUCUCAGGUCCACAAAUAACAAAUGUUGAAAAAUUUCUUUUUGGUAUCUUUGCUUUUUUUUUUUUUUUUAAUCUUGAAACACAAUUAAAAGAAUUUAUUUCAGGCGGGUGUUAUUUAGCAAAAGCACGAUUUGAAGUCAGAGUAAAUUGUGUAAAAUCACAGAUGGUGCAGACCUUCUUCCUCACUCGCCGGCUGCAGUGCUGCUCAGUGCAGUCACUGAUGGCCCAAAGAGUGUUUAACCCGCCUGACGCUGAUUCUUUCCCACUUUAAAAGUCUCAAAAGUCACUGGUUUGUAUUUAGGCUGUCACUUUCAAAAUUCAAACCACCGUUCACGUGUUUGACGGCAGAUUUUUGAGUAACUUUAGUGAAAAAAAUCCUUUUAUAACUCCCCACCUGGAAGAAGCUGUAUUCAAGCAUCUUGUUUGAUUCGGUAUUCCUGUCCUUACCUUUUUAAAGUCAUUAAGAAGAUUAUACCAUCUGGGGAUCAGGACUUAAUGAAGUUCCCACCCUUGUGGUCUUCAGUAACGAAUCUGCAGCCUGUUGGGUCUUAGAGUGAAAACCUACUGUUUACUACCUUCUGUAACCACUAAAUGUUCGCCUGUAGAAGUCAGAAGGUCACUGAUGGAAAAGGCCGUAACUCCCGUAACUCUGGACAUGCACAGGAGAUUUAAUGUGAAAAAAAAAAAAGAACAGCAGAAGAAAUGUUAAGUUUCUCUGCCAUGUUUUUGGAUGU